CGUUCUGUGGGAAUGUUCUUCGUGGAUGGUGCAUUACCCCGAGUGUUUCUUGUGGAUAGUGCAUCAGUCAGAGGAUUCAUGGUACGUUGUGAAGUACGUUAGCCCCUGUCUGUUGGGUCUUUGUGUUCCGAUAUCAUUGUGUUCUACUUUUUUGCGUUGGUCGAGCGACACGGGUGGUGGCUGCGGUGCUGCGGUGCUGUGGUGCUCCCCACCCUUGCUCACUUCACCUUUUUGACCUGUUCUCCUGGUCCAAGGUCUCAACAAUAAAACAUCUUUUCCCCAGAAGCCACGAGGUUACCAACACGCUAUAGCGAGACCAGUCGACUGCUGCUUGUCCCCUCGGACUGUACGUCAAGACUGAACGGAGGAAGAUUGAUCACCUUGCUUUGUGAUGUGUGGGCCGGCUGGGGAUCAUGUGGAUGACCCACCUCCGGGUGAUUCGCAGGAUGUUAUUGGUGGUGGAGUCCUCUGUUCCAGUAGCUGCUGCACCCGGAAGCGGCGGAACAGAGUACGCUGGUGCGCAUCAAUCGGAUGUCACUGGCAGGACUGCGGGAGGACUGCGGGAGGCUGCCAUCGCUUCUGCAGGCCAAGUCGGGUGGGCGAGGCCAGGAUUAGUCGGGCCGUGCUGCGAGAGGCGCAGCAGGUGCGGCGGGAUUUGCGCGUGGGUAGAGUCGGAGAGUCAGGAAGGGUUGGAUGAAGAGUUGGUUGAGUCGGGAGGGCAGGAGGUAGAAUCGGAGUCAUUUUCCCCUCUACGCACGUUCCAUCCAAUCGUCGUGCGCGGCGUGAGCUUGCUAGUUACAACACUGCUGCGAAUGAGAAUGUUGAAGUCAGAGAAGGCAGAACCCGUGCGCAAACUCGGGCCGUAAACCAGCAGAGCGUAUCCGGUCUCAUGGCCAAUCUAGGAC